AUGUCUAUUGUGCUGCUGAGCCUCGCCGCGCUGUGCUGGGGAGUCGCGUCCCCGGAGCCGACUAUUCAGUGUGGCUCUGAAAACGGGCCAUCUCCAGAGUGGAAGGUCCAACAUACUCUGACCCCAGGAGACUUACGGGACCUCCGAGUGGAACCUGUAAAAAUCCAUGUUGUGCCAGAUGAGUAUUCACUUUUGAUGAACAUAAGCUGGAUGCUCCGGGCAGAUGCCAGCAUCCGUUUACUGAAGGCCACCAAGAUCUGUGUGACCAGCAAAAGCAGCUUCCAGUCCUAUACCUGCAUGAGGUGCAACUACACAGAGGCAUUCCACUGGCAGACCAGACCUUCAGGUGCCAAAUGGACAUUCUCCUACAUAGGCUUUCCUGUAGAGCUGAACACAGUUUAUUUCAUUGGGGCCCAUAAUAUCCCCACUGCAAAUAUGAAUGAAGAUGGUCCAUCCUUGUCUGUGAAUUUCACCUCACCAGGCUGCCUGGACCACAUAAUGAAAUACAAGAAAAAGUGCAUUGAGGCAGGAAGUCUGUGGGAUCCAAACAUCACUGCUUGUAAGAAGAACGAGAAGUCAGUGGAAGUGAAUUUUACAACCAGUCCCCUUGGAGACAGAUACAUGGCUCUUGUACAAAAUAAUACAGUUCUUGGAUUUUCUACUGUAUGGGAGAGCAAGCUAACCCGGACGUCUGUGGUGGUCCCAGUCAGUGGGGAAAGUGAAGGUGCUGUGAUACAGUUGACUCCGUAUUUCCGUACUUGUGGCCACGACUGCAUCCGACGCAAAGGAACUGUUGUGCUUUGCCCCAAGCCAGACUCACACAGCCCUCUAGAUAAUAACAGAAAGGUGCUGGGAAGCUGGCUACCUGUCCUCCUCUUGGCUUUGCUCGUGGCCAUGUGGGUGCUCGUGGUUGGGAUCUGUCUACUGCGGAGGCACGAAAGGGUUAAGACUUCCUUUCCUGCAGCCACACUACUGCCUCCCACUAAGGUUCUUCUGGUCUACCCAUCUGAAAUAUGCUUCCAACACACGGUUUGUUACUUCACUGAAUUUCUUCAAAACCAAUGCAGAAGUGAGGUCAUUCUAGAAAAGUGGCAGAAAAAGAAAAUAGCCGAAAUGGGCCCAGUACAGUGGCUUACCACUCAGAAGAAAGCAGUGGAUAAAGUAAUCUUCCUGCUGUCCAAUGAUGUCAAUACCAUGUGUGAUGCCUGUUGCAAGAGUGAGAGCACUUCCAGUGAGAACUCCCAAGACCUGUUCCCUCUUGCCUUCAACCUCUUCUGCAGUGACCUAACAAGCUCCACGUGUCCACACAAAUACAUGGUGGUCUACUUUAGAGAGACAGAAACUAAAGAAGAUUACAACGCACUCAAUGUCUGCCCCAAGUACUGCCUCAUGAAGGACGCCACUGUUUUCUGCAAAGAACUUCAUAUCAAGCAGCAUGUGUCAGCAAGGAAGAAGUCACAAGCCUGCCACAACUGCUGA